AGAGAAAGAGCAAGAGAGCAUCAAAGAAAACAAGAAGAAGAUGUUCAGGAAUCAGUACGACACAGACGUGACGACAUGGAGCCCAACAGGUCGACUCUUCCAAGUAGAAUACGCCAUGGAAGCAGUGAAGCAAGGCUCGGCCGCAAUUGGACUCAGAUCUCGCACCCAUGUGGUCCUCGCAUGCGUGAACAAAGCCCAAUCUGAGCUCUCUUCUCAUCAGAAGAAGAUCUUCAAAGUGGAUGACCACAUAGGCGUCGCGAUAGCUGGGCUCACAGCUGACGGACGUGUUCUCUCCCGUUAUAUGAGAUCGGAGUCGAUCAAUCACUCCUUCACCUACGAGUCUCCGCUUCCGGUUGGUCGUCUCGUUGUUCAUCUUGCUGAUAAGGCCCAGGUCUGUACCCAGCGUUCAUGGAAACGGCCCUAUGGUGUGGGUUUGUUGGUAGGUGGAUUGGAUGAGUCUGGAGCCCACCUUUACUACAACUGCCCAAGUGGAAACUAUUUCGAGUAUCAAGCUUUUGCUAUUGGGUCCCGUUCACAGGCCGCAAAGACCUAUCUGGAACGCAGGUUUGAGAGCUUUGAGGAGUCCUCAAGAGAAGAUCUGAUAAAAGAUGCUAUCUUGGCUGUUAGGGAGACGCUGCAAGGAGAAACACUCAAGAGUUCUCUCUGCACGGUAUCUGUACUAGGAGUCGGUGAACCAUUCCACUUCUUGGACCAGGAAACUAUACAGAAGGUGAUUGACACAUUUGAGAAAGUAGCAGAGGAAGAGGAAGGUGAGGCCGAAGCUGCUGCUGCACCAGCAGAACAGGGUGGUGGUGAUUCAGGUGACUUAGACGUGGCUCCAAUGGAAAUGUAAGGCUUUUGUGUGUAAAGCUGGAAUUGCUUUAAAUCAUGUUAGUUGGAUUUUCGUUGGAUGAUCUAUAUGAAUUAUUUGCGAAUUGAUGCUGUUUUUAGUUUUUAUGCACGAAAAUCAUUAGGUCAUAUUUACUUAAAAAGCUGCCUUUGAGACUCUUUUAUUUUGCUCU